AUGGCCAACAGAAGAAACCUUAGAAGCAAUCAGUUGCCGGUUGAAAUCACCCAGCAAACUUGUCUACUGUGCAACCUGCCAGACAACAAUGAGAUGGUUUCUUGUGAUCGAUGCUCACAUUGGUUUCACUUCGACUGUGUCGGGGUCAACGAGGAUGUGGCAAACUAUUCAUGGAACUGUUUGAACUGUAAGCCAGACCCAAAGUUGGCUCCGCAAAUGUCCCAAAUGCCACUAUAUUCGAACCCGCUAACAGCUGCUUCAGGUGAAUCACAUUUACCGUCACCAUUUGAGACUAACAUCCAUCUACAAAGCUACACACCAGUGCCUUCCCCUCGAACGCCUUACCGUCUCGAACGACGAAGAUUAAGAGAUAUGAGUAAUCCUCUGGAUCUACCACACGAUUUGUUUAUGGAAUACUUAAGAGUAUCGAAAGAACUCUUCAGAUAUUUGCUGGACUUUGUAGAAGAUAAAUUAGGAGGCGUUAAAUCUACGUCUGUUCCAGCGACACUGAAAUUAUCUGCUGCACUGCGAUUCUUCGCCGAAGGAAGUUACCAGAAAGGUGUUGGUAACGAUAUGUUUGCCGGAAUGGCCCAGCCGACGCUAUCAAAAAUCUUGACGUCUGUUAUUGAUGUUUUUGAAGCAGAACUCUGUCCCACAGUCAUACAGUUUCCAGUGUCAGACGAGGAAAAUUGUGAAAUCAAGCGUGGAUUCUACGAGAGAACCGGAUUUCCAGGUGUGAUAGGAUGCGUUGAUGGCACACACGUAAAAAAUUUCAAACCGUUGAAAGAUAUCCAGCAUCUUUAUUAUAACAGAAAAGGGUUCCACAGUUUAAACGUCUGUGAUCAUCAACAAAUCAUUCGAUACGUGAAUGCCAACAGCCCUGGUGCAAAUCAUGAUUCGUUCAUAUGGAACAAUGAUCGGUUAGAUCGAGUGUUACACCAAAACUACUUUAAUGGCGAGCGAAAUACUUGUAGGUUAGGCGACGCAGGAUAUCCUCUGAAGCCAUACUUAAUAACACCAUUCCGAACAUUUGGUGUUAUGAAGAAUGUUUUCAGAUGUAUUUUAGCAGCUCGACAAUUGCACUACAAACCAGAAAAGGCAGCGAGAAUUGUGAAUGUUUGUUGCGCAUUGCAUAAUUUGAGAAAACGUUUUAAUGUGCCGGAAAAUCACAUACAAUGGGAACCCGAAGAUGAUCUACUAGUUGAAGCUGACUAUGGCGAAGAAAAUGAUAUGUCAGCGAGCGAAAUACGACAAGAAAUACUGUAUAAUAUCACAUGACAACUUUCGCAAAUGUGAUUUCUCUUGGAGGAAGGAUAGUGCUGGCCCACAGACGUCAGCUUAAGCUAUCCACGAGCUCUUCUCGUAAGAGAACUUUGAUUUUACCUUUUGAGAAAGCGGCAAACUUCAUACCCGAUCCAGCACUCUUUUUGUCAU